AUGGAGCCUAGACCCCGUUUGGGUUCGGGCAAUUACGAUACGGGUAGCCCAGUUCCGCAACGUACCCGACUCUACGGUCAAUCUACUCCUCCUUCCACGGCCGGCCAGAAGCUUACCCAUGCCGACUUGAAACAGCUCCUGGAGGAACAACAGGACAACUUUAGAGCCAUGUUUGACGACUUUCUAUCAUCGCUUGGUGAUACCAUUGGUCCGCUCGUGAGGGAUAUCAUUCAGGAUGAACUACGUUCGCAAUUGGGCAGGACUCCGGUGGACCUCACCAACAUGACAGCCAGCACUUCAGCCACUUCAGCGGCACGACCAAAUGCAACCAAACCCGCCAGCAGAGUCCCGAAGGUACUCAAUCAGUUAGUCAAAGAGUUCCUCAAUGGCUUUAUACCUGGGUAUUCAAGUCUCACACCGGCCGACGUGACCAAGUAUGGCGCUGGAAACACCGGGGCCAGGCAGCUGUUGACCGACCUCACCGAUCCUCAUCGAACGAGGCCACAGUUUGCGGCAGUAGAGGACGCCAUCUCGAGCUUCAUGGACUAUGAGCCCCAGAUACGCCAGCAUAGUCUCGCCAAAGUGACUGAAGAACUCCUCUCGGUCGUCCGCAACCGACUCACCAACAUGGAAGCUGGGAGGAUUAAGGUCAAGUCUUGGUCAAGGAGACGAUGUUGAUGAGGAGUAGGCCUCAUCUACACACAGGCAAUUGGUGCGGGAAUCGUAUAUACCCCGUCGUGAAACUUCUAUCCCCGGUACUACCACAAGGUUGGCGGUCCAUGGAAUCUACGUCAAGUGGCUCGGAGGCGUCGAUGUCAAACAACUCAACGUCGACAAGAUAAGGCAUUCCACGUUAUUGACCGGAUGCCUUUUUAGAUGUAUAUGAACAUGAACAUGUACAUAGCGCUUGUGGGUCUUUACAAUGUUUUGUUUGCUCAUGCAUACGUAUGCAUAUGGGAACGUUUAUGCAUCAAUAUGUGCGUAAAUGCGUGUCUCUACUUACCUGCGCUGUGGUGAAGGCUUUCAGAGAUUGUUUGGGGGUUUGCGUUGAUGUGCGAGGGUGGAAGUGUGCGCAAUUGUGCGCUAUUGU